AUGCCGCCUGACACAAGCGAGCCCGACCCUUCCGGCCAACCUGAGUCGGCAAAGACUGAGCCUUUAGCAUGCGUUUCCUGCAGAGCCCGCAAGUUGAAAUGCGAUCGCACGAAACCCGCGUGCACUCGCUGUGUCAAGGUCUCAAAUGAGUGUGUAUACCCAGAAUCACGGAGGAAGCCCAACUUCAAGAGAAGAAAUGUCAAGGAACUCGAGGCUCGCCUGGCUCAAGUUGAAGAUUAUCUCAAGGAGGUCAAUAAGAAUUCUUCAGAGGAGAAAACAGAUGAUGGGAGUCCUACUCAGCCACCCCAGGCGAACGUUAACUUCUUUGACGUGGACUUUACCCCUGGACUAGGUCAGACAAUUAACAGUCUGCCUGAUCCCGAUUUUUCGUCUUUCACAUCGCCCAAUAUCGUCCAAGAUCCACAACCAAGUCCCCAGUCUCUCAAUGCGCAGUUGAUGAGUCUAGGUAUGACCGAACCCUUGCCGCCGGACGAUGUCAUGGAAGAACUCAACAACAUCUUCUUUCAUAACCAAUAUCGGAUGAUACCAAUUAUCCACCCGGGAAAGUAUCUCCAAUCUUUUUAUGGACCUCUACUCAGAAGACCCCCUAUGUGUCUGCGAUAUGCCAUAUGGGCUUUGGCAGCCACUGGCAGCACCAAGUUUGACGAGUACCACGAUAUCUUUUACCGUCGAUCACGGGCGUACAUUGAGGCAGACAUGAUGAAGGGACAUGGGGAUGCUUUCAUAUCUGUCCAACACGCGCAGACAUGGGCCCUCAUAGCCUUUUACGAGGCAAAACACCUGCUUUUCACGAGGUCGACCAUAAGCGUAGCUAACUCCGUACGACUGUGCCACAUGAUAGGACUUGACCGUCUCGAUGGGGAUCCCCUUGGCAUGCCACCGGCACUGGGACCUCCUCUUACAUGGGCUGAACUGGAAGAGCGAAGGAGAAUCUUUUGGGGAGUGUUUGCUGCAGAUGCACAUUGCAGUAUAUCUACAGGAUGGCCGAGCCUGAUUAACUCGGAAGACAUCGCGACAAGGCUUCCUGCCUCAGAAGAAGCAUUUGUCGAAGAUCGCAAAGAGGAUGCUCCUUUUCUGGAUGAGGCAAUUCAAGGUGCUCAGUACACAGGGUUUGCUGGAACCAUCCUUACUUGUGAAAUAUUCAAAAUCAUUCUCCGUCAUGUUCACCGAUCCAAGCCCGACUCAAGAAACGAAGAUCUAAUGCAUGGGUCAUUCUGGACUCGACACCGCGAUCUAGACAACACCUUAUCCAGCCUUUUUAUGUUUCUCCCCGAGAAAUUCCGCCUCCCUGAGAAUGUGCGAGAUGUAUCAGCACUCCAUCUGAACCUCAAUCUUCACGCCGCGAUUAUAUGUCUGCACCACGCUGCCGUUGAAAAAGCGGACAAACACAACCUUCCCGAUCAUGUCAAACAGGGCAGCGUUACUCGCCUGCGAGCGGCUGCCGAGGAGAUUGUCAAUAUCAUGCGACUGACCGCCAACGGUACUCUGUUCUUUAAGAGUCCAUUGUCUGCUCUCUCGCUAUACUGUACCACUACGGUUUACGUGUACCUAGGCAAAGAGAACCCGGUCAACGGCUUAAGCACAAUUGACUUGUCAAAUUUCCAGCUCAUAAUCCAAUCUAUGGAAGCUAUCGCACGUGUACAUACCAUCACACGAACGUUCUUACAGCAGGCAUGCCUCGACAUCGAAAAGAACGGACUCGGCUCUGUUAUUCAAGUACCAUCAUUGAGGAAAUAUCGAAACGCUUUUGGACCAAGCAGGUCGCGCAUCCCCAUGCUUGCCCGAAGCUCGGUUGCGGGGCAUACUGGGGCAUCGCCUAUCUUAUUUGCUUCCAAUUUCACCCAAGAGAAACGGAUGGAUGCUGAAGAGUCAAGACUGGACAAGGUGGCCAGCGCCAUGUCGCUGGGAAAGACGUGUUAUUCAGCUGUGCUUGGGGCCGCUGCUAGAAAUGUCGAGCCUGUGGAUCGACCAGAUCCGGAAACCAACAAACGAAAGAGAACCAAAGAAAGUCCUGGGCCUGAAGUUAUGGCCAAUAUGCGAAGCAGAGAUCCUCUCAACUUGAAUUUGAAUCCCAACUUCAGAGGAACGGGUAUGUGGCCAGCAUCAUUUUCGCCCCGCAUGGCCUCAGGUGCUAUUUCGCUACCGGAUCGAACAAAUUCAUCAGCCGCAUCUUCGCCAGCUAACCAAGGUUCCUACACGAAGACGGUCUCCGGGAGUAGUCAUACCUCACCUGAAAUCGGCCUCGGGAACAGCGCAGAGGAAAAUCGAGUCGAUCUGAGAGCAUUCCAAGAACGUAUUUCCACACCGAUAUGGCAGUCUACCGAAGAAACACUGUUUGCACAGAUGGCGGCAAAUACUAUUCCCCUCGGUGAUGGCGAUCCCUGGGGGAUAUUGAAUGCUGUCGACCUCAGCUGGGAUGUCGAAGGACUUCCAGCAGGAAGUUGA